AUGAGUGAGGAUAUAUUAAGCAAAAGUAAUAUGGGUGAAUUUGGAGAAGACAUUGAUCAACAACUCUAUGAAAAAUGUGAACAAUUUUGCUAAAAAUUGAGGCGAACAAAUUAAUAGCUCUACAAACAAUUUUCCAAUAUUGUUAAUUAAAAUAGUAAAGCUGCUAAAGAGUAAUUGGGAUAGAUGUUAAGUGAGGAACCAGAAAUAUUAAAGGAAGUGAAUACUCUUUUGGAAGAAGAUGUCAAAUUCAAGACUCAGAAAGAAAAAUUGACAGAGUUUAUCACCAAUGAAAGCAACAAACCCAAGGCGCUGGAGACGAUAUUGAAAUAAAUCUAAAAUGGACAUUUAGAUGGACAUCAAAACAAAGAUCAUAUCUUGGAUUUAUUUAGCAAUGAGCCACAAUUACAAUAAUAGUUCUUAUAGAGUUUCAAAAAGAAGCAUGACUAAAUUCAGCCAAAAAAAAAAGUUGAAGAAAAUAGAAAUUAUUUUUAAAAACUAUUGGAUAAGAAUGGAGUAGUAGAUAUGAAUGAAUUGCUCUUUUGGGAUAAAUUUAGAAUGAGAGUAAUUCAAUAGUUUCCGAAUGAUUUUCAACAAUUUAUGAAUGAAUUUAUGAAGAUUAUUCAUCUAUAUUCUGAAUGCAUUAUAACUUAGAUGGAAGUGAUGGAAUUAAUCAAUUAGUAAGAAUGGUUAGAGACUGAAUACAUUGAUGAAAUUAGGUCUAUGUUGUCAACAAGAGUGAUUGCUCGAAGAAUAUAAACCCCUCUUUUUAAGCCUUUGAAAGAUACAGAUUUUGCUUAAGUCGACAGAGUAACAAGGUCCUAUGUUAGAAUGCCUAUUGGAUAUGCAAAGGCUAAUAACAACUAAGAAAUCCUCAACCAUUCUUGGGUAUCAGUGCCAUUUGGUUCUGAGGACCAAUCAUUUUUAAUUAUGAGAAAAAAUACUUUUGAGGAACAGCUUUUUAAAAGCGAGGACGAGAGGUUUGAAUUUGAUGUCAAUAUUUAAUAAAUAAAAAGAACCAUAAAUUUAUUAUAAGAAAUAAUCGAUGGCAAUAAAGAGGAUCCAAUAUUGAUUGCUAAAGUGAUUGAUAUGAGAAUCUUACAAUAAUUAUAUCGAAAUUAAACUUAAGAUUAAAAUGAAGUGCUUUAGAUAUUUUAAUCAAAGCCUACUGAAAGUGCUAAAAUCCUAAUAAAAAGGGUUAAGUAAAAAUUAAAUGAACUCAUUUAAGCAAGAAAUAACAAGGCCAAAUAAGUUUGGGAAAAUGUUUCAUUAAAUAAUUUUCAUCGUUCCCUUGAUCACAGAUCCUUUUAUUUUAAAAAGAAUGAUAAAUUAGUGAUAAAUGGACAAAGAUUUGCCAGAGAAAUAGAAGAAUAUGCCAAAAAUGUCUUAAUAAAGCAUUUGGGAUCAAAAGAACAUGUAUUUAUCAAAAGAAAGCAAGAUUAAAUAUAGUACACUUUUGAAAAUUCUUUUCUGAAUUCUCUUGCAUAAAUGACUAACAUAAGACCUACCUUACCAAAAUAAAUGCCAUUAAUUAGCUCUACAAAGGAUAAUAUUCGUUUUUCUCCAUUAAUUUCGUUAUGGAUGGGAAAUGAAUAAAUUUUAUAGGAGUGUGGUUAAUUUGUUAUUCAUUAUCUCCAGAUUAUGGGAGGCAACAAUUCUUUGGAUAAAAGAAAUGGAACAAUUUUAAUGAUCAAGUUAAUUAAUCACUUUUUUUAAGUUCCGAUGAAGCCAAUGCAAAUAUCAUAAUUGACAUUAAUAGAUACCAAAUUGAAAAAUGAGAUUUAAGAACUUGAAAUUUAUGAUAUUCAUUAUAAUCCAGAAGAUGCUUCAAUCUCAAUUCCGGCGAUAGAAAAUGAAUCUCCAGGCCUAUUUCUGAAUUUACAACCAAAAGUCAAGUUAACCACAUAUGUGACAUAAAAUCUCUACAUACUAUUGAGAUUUCUUCAUACGAUCUAUCAAAGACUAGAAAUGGCUUAUGUCAUUAGUUAAUAAAACAAAUUAGGAUAAGAUAAGAGAUAUAAUUUAUUUAAAUCUGCUUUGUUUCUUUCAUUAAAGGCUAAAGACUUUAAAUAUGAAGAUCAUUUGCGUAGUUUAUUUGGAAAACAUGGUUUCAUAUUUUCAACUUUAGAGAAGGUUUUCCAUGAUGCUGCUAAACAAUUAGCUGUUUGUGCUUCUGAUGUUGUGACAAUGUCAUAUUUUGAGAAAUCAGUAUCAGUAGAAGGAGAUCUUGAUAAAUACUUCUAAGUUGUUUCUAGCAUCGUAAACGGUGAAGGAAUUAAGGUUUCGGAUUUAGAGGCUUCUGUAUUUUGUAAGUUCUAAGAAUUACCUGAAGAAGAAUAAUUGCUUAAAUUACAUCAGGCAUUUUCUAGGCAUAAACCAGAAAAGAAACCUAUUUAUAGAAUUGCUUGUUGGCACAAAGCAUGUUUUAUUUCAAUUUUACCAGCAUAUGGAGGAUGCAAUUAAGAUAUAUGUAAAUCUUGUAAGUAACCUUUCUUAAUGAGGAACAUGAAAAGAGGAGAGAGAAGAAUGAUGAUUAUCAACAGUAUUGAAUGGAUUGUUGAUGAGUUUAGCCAUUUUAAACCUAUCAUUAAUCAGGGAGAAGAUUAUUUAAAAUGUGUAUGAUUCUAAUACAAGGAAUAAUUAUUUUAAUUGUGCAAUUUCAAACUUAAUAUUAAUCAAGUUUA